AUGGGAAUCCUAAGGAAGUCUUCAAGAUCUGGAGGUGUUCCAAAAGGCCAUUGUGCAGUAUACGUAGGAGAGAGUCAAAAGAAGAGAUUUGUCGUGCCAGUAUCAUACUUGAACAAACCAUCAUUCCAAGAUUUGUUAGCUCAAGCUGAAGAAGAGUUUGGCUUUGAUCAUCCAAUGGGUGGUCUUACAAUACAUUGCAAAGAGUGAACUCCACACUGUAUCUAGUAGAAUCGGAAAAGAGAUGUGAACUUACAUGAUUGUGAGUUCAAUUUGUGAAAUUGGCAUAUUCAGCUUAGUUUAUUUUGCUACGUUUUCUGUCUGAAUUUCUGAACUUAAGCAUCCAAUAGCUCCUACCAGAGAAGCAACCGAAAUGUUUGUGUUCUACAAAGAUACCAAGUAACGGUGCUCCGUGAUUUGGUUAAACUUGAGGCUGCUUUGCUCCAGUUCCAUCUAAGCAUAUUGUAGACCAUGGUCUUGUAAGUCUACAGAUAUGUGCUAUUUAAAGUCCUCUUAAUUUAUUAUAACUUG